GGAGCCCCUAUCACAAAACUUUUGUUUCCGCUAACCGAUCCGCAUGCCGUCAUUCAACUGGAAGAUUUUGUUCGGAUAGAUCCCAACAUGAGACGCAAAUAUGUAAGUAAUUUGUACCACAACUCACAAUGUUUUACUUCCCUAAAUAGCAAAGUUGUACCGUUUAGGGGAGUAAAAUGUAGUCAAUACUGGAUCAAAUAUCACAAACCAAAAUUGUUUGUUUCAUGACAAAAACGUCCUGUCUGUACUAGAUUGACUUACCCGUGUUGCUGUUUUGUUCCUUUAGAUAAAAUUUCGGCGCCGCAUCAAAACACCACGACAAAGCCUUGAAGAUACGUUUGGUAAAAUCUGCACCGAUUGAGCCAUCUUCCGUCACUUUAACUGGACGUCCAACAAGUCCUCCCAAUCUAUGACGCAGCGAGAAUCACUGCAGCAUUAUUGGAUAUUCACAGACUGUUUGUUUGGUAAGUAUCUCUAUUGGAGCUAGUACUUCAUUUUUAACUCGGAACUGUAAAUUCUUUAUCAUUGUAAAUGGCAAUGAUACUAACAUUGUUCUUACCAUUUCAGAGGCUUGGAGCAGUCACGGAUUUACCAUGGAAACGUUGAAAUCAAAAAUGGCAAGCGUUAUCAAACGAAUCUAUGUUCGCAACAACGUGCGCAAUUUUCGAGCUAGGUCUAAGAUUGUAGAGCUUUGAAGAUUUCUAGGAUAUGAAUAAAUGUAGAAAAACGAUAUUUCCACUUUUGAAACUAAUUCUGAGAUUUGCUUAACAUUAAUCAUUCUAGAGAGUAACUUUUUUCUUAAUUUCAUGGUAUGGAAUCAGCUGAAACGCCCCAGAGAAAUUCACAUCGUGGAGUUACAUCGCAUUCCGCCGCUGAGUUCAUCUUCCCUAUACGUUCUGAGCAAGCUAUAGAAGAGCUUGAAUCUUCCGUUCGAUGUAACGAAAAAUCCAGAAAGCAAUAUAUUAGGUUCCUACGCUCGAAACUGACCGAUGAUCAAACCGUUUUCACCGUGUUUCAACACAUCUUUACCUACCAAUCCCUGGUCGGAUACUGCUGGACGAAGCGCUCCAACUUGGAAAGAAAAUCCAUGAGAGAUUAUGAAAUAUUCACUAGUUGCAUGUUGGAUGCCUGGCAGUGCAAGGGUGUGACGGAGGAAUCCCUAGCCGAGCACAUCCGCCACGUGGUCAGAAAUGUAAAUAUUUCAAAGCGGAAGUUGAAAAGUCGGCUUAAGAAACGAUAUUCUAGUACUUCAUUUAGUAACUGAACCAGAACUGUUUAUUUGGAAGUGUUAGAGAAGCCACACAAUAAAUAUGAUCCUUUCAAAAUAAUUUCCAACGAAGAGAUUGUCAUUGAGAUGCUUUUCAAAUUCUAGUACCACAAUUAUACCAACAAUUUCGAUUUCUUUUGUAUAUCCUCUAGCUAAAAAUAUCGCCAAGUUGCGGAAUCGGUUGCAAAGUCUCAACAAAAUGACCGGCAUGGCGUCGAGUCAAAACGAAAAGAUGCAACUGGAGGUUCAAAUCUGUGAUGUCAACAAGGAACUGCAGGAGUUGCUUAAAACUGCCGAGCAGCAGAAGCAGCGUGCCACCGCCCAUGUUGAUGGUUUCCAUUUUCCGUUGACUUCCAUGGACGAAAUCGAACGAUUGGAGGAAGCCGUUCGGAAGAAUUUCGAUGUGAGGAAGCAAUAUGUACGCUACCUGUCGCUCAAGAAGCCCCCGACGAUGGACGUAACUAACUUUUUCUCGUAUCUCUUCACCGACGAUGCUCUGAUGGGCUACAACUACUCCGGAACCAACAACAUUGGCGAUUCGAAGAUGCCGAUGAGGAACUAUGAAAUUUUCAUUGAUUGUAUGAUAGAAGCAUGGGCUGAUCAUGGAUUGACGCACAUACUGCUCGAGGAGAAGAUCAAACUUGUGGUGAGAAAGCUUACCGCUCGACGUCGCAUGCAGAAGUUUCGGCAGAGAAAAUCAAUGAAAGUUUAAACUUGUUAAAUAAACUUGAAAUGUUCAAAGAA